AGUGCCGCGGCGGCGAUCGGCGGGCGAUGCCAGCCGCCGUUCCUGCCCGUCACUCCGCGUCCACCGCCGCCGUCCUCCGCGCGGCUCUCCCGGGGGCGUUGGGUCCAGGCGCGGUCCGCGGUCCGGCCGCGAUGCCCGGAGCGCGGCGCUGAGCGAGGUGACGCGCAUGGCGGCGGCGGCGCUCCCCCUGCGCCGGCGGGGAGGCGGCCCCGCGCCCGGCGCCGCCUGCCCGGCCGCGCCGUGACCGGGCCGCGCCGGGGGAGCCGCGCCGCGUCCCGCCGCGCCGCUUGGGACUGGGCCGCGGCCGGCAGCGCCCGCGAGAGGACGGGCGGCGGAGGCCGCGAGCCGCCGCGUCCCCGGGCGGCCGCGGUAGGGCCCGGCGGCGCGGGGCAGGGGCCAUGCCCUGAGGGACGCGGGGAGCCGCGCCAGGAUCGGCCGCGCCCCGCGGGGUGCCCGCCGCCGCCGCUAUGGCCGGGCCCGGCCUGUGGAGCAGCAUCAAGUCCGCGCUGCGGAGGAGCGAGCCGCCCCUGUUCCUGAACGACUCCAGUGCCUUCGACUUCUCGGACGAGGCGGGGGACGAGGACUUCCCCCGCUUCAAUAAGCUGCGGGUGGUGGUGGCGGACGACGCGGCGGAGGGGGCCCCCGAGGCUCCGGCCAACGGGCUGCACCCCGCGCCGCCGUCCGACGACGAGUCCGUGGCCGAGCGGGACAUCGCGCUGCGCGGCGGGCCCGAGCCCUGCGGCCGCUGCCGCAGCCGGAGGGAGCUUUGCAAGCUGCGGCGCGUCAAGAAGCGGCUGACGGCCGCCGCCGUCCUCUAUCUGCUCUUCAUGACCGGGGAGCUCGUAGAAGUACUGUCAGCCAUCAUUAGUGUGUUGCUGGUCUAUAUCCUUAUGGCAUUCCUAUUGUAUGAAGCUGUUCAAAGAACCAUCCAUAUGGACUAUGAAAUAAAUGGCGAUAUCAUGCUGAUCACAGCAGCUGUUGGUGUUGCAGUUAACUUAAUAAUGGGUUUUUUGCUGAAUCAAUCUGGACACCUUCAUUCCCACUCCCAUUCCCACCGUCACUCCCACGUACCUCAGUCAAACUCUCCUAGCGCAGCCCGCAGCAGUGGCCACGGACACAGCAGCCUUGCAGUGAGAGCAGCAUUUGUACAUGCCCUUGGGGACCUGGUACAAAGCAUUGGUGUGCUUGUAGCUGCAUACAUCAUACGUUUCAAGCCAGAAUACAAGAUUGCUGAUCCUAUUUGUACAUACGUAUUUUCCAUACUGGUAGUUUUGACAACAGUCCGAAUUCUGUGUGAUACAGGAGUUAUCAUUUUGGAAGGAGUUCCAAGGCAUUUAAACGUGGAUCGUAUUAAAGAAGACUUGAUGAAGAUUGAAGAUGUUUAUUCUAUAGAAGAUUUAAAUGUUUGGUCUCUCACUGCAGGAAAAACAACUGCCAUAGUCCAUUUGCAAUUAGUUCCUGGUAGCUCAUCUAAAUGGGAGGAAGUUCAGUUCAAGGCCAGACAACUGCUGCUGAACACGUUUGGAAUGUACAAGUGCUCUGUCCAGCUUCAGAGUUAUAAACAGGAAUCAAGCAAAGCCUGCGCAAGUUGUCAGAGUUCCAGUGCCUAAUCUCAUGUUUUGGGAACUGCUGCCUUAUUCUUUAUCUUGUAGUCAAAGACUGAGAGCAAUAAAUUCAAAGUGAAUGAUAAAAAUAACAUGUGGAUUUAUACCAUUUAACAUGCAGCAGGGAGAACUAGUGCUGCAAGUGCAGUGGUUGCCCUACAGAACAUGUGUUCCAUUCUCUCCCUUGUGCUGGUUUAUUAAAUUUAUUAUGGUUUUGAGACAAAGUUGUUUUCAGAUUGUUUACAAACUGCAACGUGGUUCUGCAGAUACCUCACAAAUUACAGUUUGAGAUUGUCUUUUGUGUACCACAAAGUACCUGCACUCCAAGUGGAGCAUCGAGUAUUCAGUAUUUCAAUUAACAUCUGUAAUAUUAUUGAUCAUGCCAGGGUUCCAUACAUUAUGAUCUCCAAAUUCAUCAGACAGUAUUUUUACAAUAGUCAUUCUCAUACAGUAUUUUAAAUUACGAUGCAUGCAGUGCUAGCUGAAUUCUUUUCUAAACUGUCUUGUUGGAGACAUUGCAAGACGCAGGAUUUACCUUAAGCAGACCAGAAACUUAGCUUUAAUCUGGACAUUCACAAAUCCAGACAGGAAGAUCCUUGCCCAAACUUCUGGUGUUUAACUGGAGACCCAGCACUGGACCCAAAGUGUUCUCAGUGAUUGGUUAUCUGUAAUGUAUUUUAGAAUAGGGUUUAUGCUUUAGAAGGAGGUUAUUUAUUUUACAAUUUUGAUUUGUAAGAUAAAAUUUAUUAAUAAUAAUUUUGAAUGUCUAAACCAGCAUUUGAUUCACAUUAGAAGGCCAGUUAAUUAGCAUGCAUUCUAAUUAUAAUACAUGUGCUAUAACUGAACAUUUUUCAUGAUUGCUUUGUUGAAAAAAUAGAAUGAUAGGAACUAUGCUUGACAUGAAGGUACUCAAAUACAAUCUACAGACGUGCAAAAUACUUAAGCGUACUAAAAGGCAAGGGGAGAGCAGAAGUUUUAGAUGUAGUGUUCCCUCACUCUUGGAUCUCUGACCUAUUCAUCUUCGCUGUGCAAACAGGAUGGCAGUAUCCUCACAGAACAGCCAGUACAACAGCAGUCCCUCACUACUGAGCUCUAUGAAUCAAAUGAAAUCCGAGCAAGCUCAGUGACCUCACGCACACUGGACAAUGCUAUCACAGCAACCUACAGAGGCAGAAAGGUCUUUUCUUAUUUAUUGAGAAUCAAAGCAGUUUGAAAAGACUUUUCUCAUCCUGACGCUUCGAAGUCCACUGAACUGAAUUGCUUUGCCUCAUAGCUUAAUCCCUAUACUUUGAAUGUAUGCAGGAUAAUAAAACACAAGCCUUCUACCUGCCGCCAAUCUACCAUACAGCCAGGCUCACAUUUAUGCCUGUUGCUGACGUUAACUGCAUUGAAGCCAAGGGCAACAAGAAUGACCUGCAGUGUUCAAUAGACAGACAGAACUUUGCUUCGAGUAUUUUUUUGCUUAUUCUGCACUUCGGUCUUUACACAAAGCUUCAGCUGACAUCAGAAGUAUUUCUGUAUGUGGAACAGAGAUGAAAGUUUUGGACCAGUAACAGAUGCAGUGAUACUCAGCUGUGAAUACUUAAGCUAUUGUCUUGAAACUUGAUAGGGUUUCACAUAUUCAUCAGGGUGAUUUAUAUCUGCAAUUGGUAGCAACCGUCUUGGCUUGUUUUCUCUUUUUAUUAAGAUAGGGACCUCAUGAUGAAUUUGCAGAGGUGAAAACUCACAACACAGUAUUAAUAACACCAGACUCUGUUUGUAUUUGUUCUGGCAAGAAAUUGGAACACUUGAACACAGCAUGGGAGUACGCACAGCUCAGACACAAAGGAACACUGUACUUGGAAAGUUAAUGCUUCAGUGCAAACAUUACCACUGAUUAAGCCAUAUCACAGUUCAUGAAAAACGUGCAUCCCGUUCUUAGAAAUUCCCUAAAAACAAGCAAAGACCUUCCACCACAACAGGUAUUUUGCAUAUACUAAUACUCAAGCAGGUUUUAAUUAACUUGGGAUUUACAGUUGAUGUAAUUAGAAGUUGAAGUAUGGUAGACAUGUAAUGUAUUUGGAGUUUUUUAUUGUAAUGAUUUACUACACUUUUGUUUAAUUGAAGAAAAAGCGGAAAUGUGUUGCUUUAUUGUGGGUUUUAUUAAAUCAGUUAUUAAACUUCA